AUGUUUUCCUCCAAGCCUCUGGAUGUGGUGGGCUUCCAGCUGCGCUACACAGAUGAGAGUGGGAGCCUAGUGCUCCACGAGGCACUGACCCAGAACCUCUACUGCCUGAAGGGCAGCUCCCUCAGCGAGCCCCUGCUGGUGGUGUACCAGGCUAGGCCGCUUUGCCUCCAGACGACCACUGCCACCAACGGGCUCGGCCCUGAGCGAAGACAGCAUCAGCACUGCAGCAUGAGGAGGAGUGUCGAGAGGAGGGACCUCUUCCUGGCCAAACAAAACGGCUACAAGUGCCGCCGCCAUGAUGCCACUCCUUACCCACAGUGUCGCCUCCAUCACUGUUAUGUUGACUUCAACAAGGGCGAUCUGGCCAACUGGAUCCUACAGGGUUCAACGCUACCUUCUGCAGGUGGGAAGGUCACACAAACAUAAUUGUUGUAAUUAGUGGUGUGCGCCAAUAUCGAUAAUUUAAUACAAUAUCGAUCGAUAUCGUUAUGAGCGAGGCAUACAGUAUCACAAUGUUGUUUUAUGUAAGGUUGACACAUCUACCCCAAUCAAAUUCAUGUGUAUUUACAUUUUUUAUUUAACCAUUAGUUAACGACCAUCAUUACAAUAAUCUUGCCUGCAGACUGGGUAGUGAAGUGAUCAUCCAACUCCUAAGCUUUUAUGUGUUUAUAAUGAGAGUGUCAUCCCAUUCAGAAGUACCUGCCACAUUGGGAAUUCAGGAGUGUCCAUAGAAGGAUUUAGACAGAGAAGACCAACUGAGGAGAGAUCAGUCAAUAUGUGUGUUGUAAACUCAAUAUCCACUAUGCAUUAUAGAUAGCCUACUGCAGUAGCCUAGCUAUAUGUACAGUGAGGGAAAAAGGUAUUUGAUCCCUUGCUGAUUUUUGUACGUUUGCCCACUGACAAAGACAUGAUCAGUCUAUAAUUUUAAUGGUAGGUUUAUUUGAACAGUGAGAGACAGAAUAACAACAAAAAAAUCCAGAAAAACGCAUGUCAAAAAUGUUAUAAAUUGAUUUGCAUUUUAAUGAGGGAAAUAAAUAUUUGACCCCUCUGCAAAACAUGACUUAGUACUUGGUGGCAAAACCCUUGUUGGCAAUCACAGAGGUCAGACGUUUCUUGUAGUUGGCCACCAGGUUUGCACACAUCUCAGGAGGGAUUUUGUCCCACUCCUCUUUGCAGAUCUUCUCCAAGUCAUUAUGGUUUCGAGGCUGAUGUUUGGCAACUCGAACCUUCAGCUCCCUCCACAGAUUUUCUAUGAGAGACUGGCUAGGCCACUCCAGGACCUUAAUGUGCUUCUUCUUGAGCCACUCCUUUGUUGCCUUGGCCGUGUGUUUUGGGUCAUUGUCAUGCUGGAAUACCCAUCCACGACCCAUUUUCAAUGCCCUGGCUGAGGGAAGGAGGUUCUCACCCAAGAUUUGACGGUACAUGGCCCCGUCCAUUGUCCCUAUGAUGCGGUGAAGUUGUCCUGUUCCCUUAGCAGAAAAACACCCCAAAAGCAUAAUGUUUCCACCUCCAUGUUUGACGGUGGGGAUGGUGUUCUUGGGUCAUAGGCAGCAUUCCUCCUCCUCCAAACACGGCGAGUUGAGUUGAUGCCAAAGACCUCGAUUUUGGUCUCAUCUGACCACAACACUUUCACCCAGUUCUCCUCUGAAUCAUUCAGAUGUUCAUUGGCAAACUUCAGAUGGGCCUGUAUAUGUGCUUUCUUGAGCAGGGGGACCUUGCGGGCGCUGCAGGAUUUCAGUCCUUCACGGCGUAGUGUGUUACCAAUUGUUUUCUUGGUGACUAUGGUCCCAGCUGCCUUGAGAUCAUUGACAAGAUCCUCCUGUGUAGUUCUGGGCUGAUUCCUCACCGUUCUCAUGAUCAUUGUAACUCCACAAGGUGAGAUCUUGCAUGGAGCCCCAGGCCGAGGGAGAUUGACAGUUAUUUUGUGUUUCUUCCAUUUGCGAAUAAUCACACCAACUGUUGUCACCUUCUCACCAAGCUGCUUGGCAAUGGUCUUGUAGCCCAUUCCAGCCUUGUGUAGGUCUACAAUCUUGUCCCUGACAUCCUUGGAGAGCUCUUUGGUCUUGGUGAUGGUGGAGAGUUUGGAAUCUGAUUGAUUGAUUGCUUCUGUGGACAGGUGUCUUUUAUACAGGUAACACGCUGAGAUUAGGAGCACUCCUUUUAAGAGUGUGCUCCUAAUCUCAGCUCGUUACCUGUAUAAAAGACACCUGGGAGACAGAACUCUUUCUGAUUGAGAGGGGGUCAAAUACUUAAUUCCCUCAUUAAAAUGCAAAUCAAUUUAUAACAUUUUUGACAUGCGUUUUUCUGGAUUUUGUUGUUGUUAUUCUGUCUCUCACUGUUCAACUAAACCUACCAUUACAAUUAUAGACUGAUCAUGUCUUUGUCAGUGGGCAAACGUACAAAAUCAGCAGGGGAUCAAAUACUUUUUCCCCUCACUGUAGAGAUCCACUCUGUGUAGUUUCAUUUCUACUAUGCCUGUAUUAUGCUAAAGGAUUGUUAUAAUUUGGGUUGCAAAACUCUGGUAACUUUCCCAUAAUUCCCAGGUUUUCCAGAAAUCCCGGUUGGAGGAUUCCCGGAGUUCCUGCUUAAUCCCGCUUGAUUCUGGGAAUCAUCCAUCCAGGAUUUACGGAAAACCUCAGAAUUUUGUGUAAAUUUACCAGAAUUUUGUGACCUCAGUUGUAAUAUAAUAUAAUAUGCCAUUUAGCAUGUGUGCAUACAUUUUUGUGUAUGGGUGGUCCAGGGGAUCGAACCCACUACCCUGGCAUUACAAGCACCAUGCUCUACCAAUUGAGCUACAGAGGACCACUGUAGCUCAAUAAUAUUGUGUUUCCUUCCAUUUCAGCACAAACUGUGUCCCGCUGAAGCUGUUGUCUCUCACUGUGAUGUAUAGGAGUGAUACGGAUUAUGUAAUCAUCGGGAAGUUCAGAGAUGGAAGGGCAGAGAGCUGCAUGUGCCAGCCACAGGUUUAG